AUGACAGACGUCAGAGCAUCUGCGCCUAAUGGCGAUUCAGCCAUAAGUGCCGAACCAAAACGGCAUGCGGCUUGUGAUGAGUGCAGGACACGAAAAUUGAAGUGCUCCGGAGAUCUGACUGGCUGCUCCCGUUGCUUGAAACAGUCUAUUCGAUGUCAUUACUCCAUACAGAAGCCUAUGGGCCGCCCACCGAAGAGGAAAGCUCGCGCAGACGAAGAGACACCCGAUUUCUCGACUCAAUCCAAUAAUAGCAUCUGGCCUAGUCCAGGCAAUACAUCAUCAAACUCCUUUCUUAUAGCUCCGGACCCCAUUGCUGCCACCGAUGCACUACAUCUGUGUCCCCAACUCUUCUGGCAACCACAUAGUCUCUCGCCUUUAUCACAGUCCACGCCGCCCGAUCCAUUGGCUGGAGAUGGAAACCAAAACCAUAGUCUUCAGCCAGACAGGAUGAAGAACCCCAACCUUCCUGUUCCCACAUCUUCAAGCCCUUGGCCAGACUUUUCCACUGUGUCUCAGUCAUCAGCCAUGCCCUUCGCAUCCUCAACAAGCCUCUCCGAUAUACCUUCUUUUCCACUGACCCCGCAAUCUCUAUGCUCCGACUCCGCCCCGCCUCAGUGUACAUGUCUAUCAUAUCUCUACCUCUGUCUCAGCCAUAUAUCCUCUAUUGCUUCCUUCCCAGUCAACAAUCAUACCCUCUGCUCCCUUUACAUCGCGGCUCGAACGGCGCGGGAUGUCAUUCGCUGCGAAGCCUGCCCCCAAAAUUUCUCGUCAGGCGUGCAGAACGUCAUGUUUACCGGUACGCUAUUGACAGUCGUUGCAGAUGCCUGGCUGCGAGUGUACAAUAGCGAUCCUGUCGAGCUAGGCAUGCAAUCUGCCCCGCCAGAAUAUGUCUCCCACGUGCUGCAAAGCGAGGAUCCAGCACACUUGUGGAGUAGCUGGCUGCGGCAGAUAGUGCGCCGAGCCGUCAUUGGUGGUCCCUAUGACCCGAAUGUUGAGAGCCGUUGCUCUGGCCAACCACCCCUACUUGGUUUAAUCAAUGAGGUUGAGAACCGGCAACGGCGCUGGCAUGAGCCUGGUGGGCAUCCAUUUCCACAAAACCCUUUCAAUUCUUUCAAUGGUGCUAUGUCGGAGGAACAAUCUACUGAUGAAAAGGAGCUGCUUUGUAUGCGGGUUGUUGGUAGUGCGCGCGCAGUCAUUUCGAAAUUCAACUUCGAGCCCCAUGAAUUUCCUGAAGGCUCGGUCCCGGAGGCAUCUAAACAAGAGAGCGGUUAA